AUGAGUCAUUUCUCUGAUAACGAUGAGAAUGAUUGCUGUAAUCACCCAAAGGAAAGAAGACGAUCGUUUUUAGAUCUAGGUGGUGCCAAUUCGCUCAAUAAGUUUGCAUCAUCAUAUACUAGAGCUCAGUCUUAUUUAGGGCUGAGUUUGGUUGAAACUUCAGUAGUCCAGGGGACAGAAGACGAUCUAAGUCCAUGUACAUCACUUGAUGAUGUGGUUACAGAAAGUGCAAUCGAUGACAGUCCCAGAGGGAAUGAAAGAGCACUUGACCAAAUAAAUGCAUUUAGUUUCGAGCGUAAUGAAGAAUCUUCUUUAUUAUCAAGACGAACAAGUAAGGCUGAUUCAGAGCGCUUAAUUACAGGUGAUUCUACUGCUCCACAAACCAUUUUUAAUUGCAUAAAUACCUUGAUGGGAAUUGGAAUGUUAUCCUUGCCGUUUGGUUUUCGUCUAUCGGGGUGGGUUCUUGGUACAUUGAUGCUAUUAUUCAGUUCUAUAGUCACGAAUAUCAGUGCUAAGAUGUUGGGUAAGAUUUUACGAAAGUAUCCCCAUCUAAUGAGUUACGGGGAUAUAGCGCAUUUAUAUGGCGGUCGAGGAAUUAACAUUGUUGUCACUCUUGUAUUUUCAUUUGAUCUUCUUGGUGCCAUGAUUUCGUUGAUAAUCUUAUUUAGCGAUUCGUUUCACAUUUUGUUUCCGUCAUUACAAAGGGUCUUAUUGAAAGGCAUUAUAGUCGCUGUGUUAUUUGUACUAUCCUUCUUACCAUUAUCAAUUUUAUCUUUAUGUAGCUUGUUGGGAAUUAUUUGCACUUCACUUCUUAUAGUGGUUAUUAUUAUCUGUGGGCUUUUAACCUCAACUUCCCCAGGAUCGUUAGUCACCCCUGCAGUUACAAACUUAUGGCCAUCCGAGUAUAAAUAUUUAUUUCUAAGUCUUGGAUUAUUUAUGGCUCCUUGGGGCGGGCAUCCUGUAUUCCCUGAGUUGUAUAGGGAUAUGAGGCACCGAUCAAAGUUUUCAAAAUGUUGUAAUAUAGCCUUCGGUAUCACAUUCAACUUGGACUAUUUAAUUGCGGCAAUUGGAUUUUUGAUGUUUGGAAUAAAUUGCCAGGAUUCUCUUACUAAAAAUUUAAUGACAAAUAAGAACUAUCCUGACUGGGUCAGGCCGCUAAUUUGUUUGUUUAUGGGGUUGUUACCGGUUUCAAAGCUACCAUUAAUCACCAGACCAAUUAUUACUGUCUAUGAAAGUUUUUUUAAACUUAAUCAAACUAAUUAUGCCGUUAUCAAAAAUGGAAUAAGACAAGAGGUUUAUGGAAUCAAAAGGGUUUUAUCUCGGGUUGUCUUUUGCGUGCUAUUAUUGUUAGUUUCUUUAAUUUUCAAUUCUUUUGGAAAGGUAAUCUCCUUCUUAGGUAGUGCAAUUUGCUUUACUAUCUGUAUGACACUACCGCUCAUUUUCUAUUUGAAGUUCUAUGAUGACGAGAUUACGGUCAUGGAGAGGCUAUUGAUAAAGUUUGGAAUACUCAUUGGUGUGGUCUUCUCAUUAAUCGGUACCUAUGGAUCAAUCGUGAUUGAUAUUUAA